ACAUGCGUGCAGAUACAUACACGCGUGCGUGCACACACCGACACGCGUGCAUAUACACGCACGCAAAAACUCGCGCACACACACGAGCGCGCUCGGACACGCAUAGGACAUAUCAGGAGUGGGACAUCACGUGAGACAACAGAAGAAUAAAAAGCGGUUUAAUAUUGCGCGCGCGUGCGCGGGCUCGUGCUCAGCAGAGGGAUCGUAGAUUAUCAUUGUCGGUUCUUAAGCCAGAUAUUAAACCCAGGGAAAUAUAUGUAGUGAAGUAAAAGUGGCAGCAGGAGAAAAAAUAUACAACAGUAAAGCACAGAUACAUCUUUUUACUACUUUAGAACAGUAGUGAAGUACUUUUACUUCCUUACUAUACAUCUCUGCUAGUGUAUGAUGGUUCUAAAUCAUUUUAGAUCAUGCACCACCCACUAAAUCACUAAAGUACCACCUACAAGUCAUGUCAAAGGAACACAUGCGUCACAUACAUUUUAACACAGCCAUCUUAUUUCUUUUGCCACCUUCUUCACCACAUGCAUGAAGUUUGCGGGCUUUUUCAAUCUGCAACCUAGCAUGAUUGUUUGGUGCUGGCAAGGACGCUAACCAAGUUUAACCUGAAGCAUCACAUCAACAACGGCAGUGCUGGAUACACAAAAAUGAACAUGUCCACAAUACUUCACAGAGGACAUCACACCCCAUUGGUGAUAUUCUGUACAUGCCUCCUGCUAGUACUGUCCUGUGUUGUACAGAUACCUCCAUCAAAUGGAUUUUUUGUAAAUAACUGCAACAUGAGAGGUUCUCUAAAAGAGCCAGUAAAUUUGACGGCGUCAUGCAACAACAGGGAACUUAACACUGUUCCACAAAACCUGCCAGACCAAACAAGAGUGCUGGACUUUUCUAACAACAAGCUCCUAAACAUAAAGAAAACAGAUUUCACCCACCUUACCGUGCUCAGACAACUGAAUGUGUCGCACAAUCUGAUCCAGGAUAUAGAGGAUGGGGCUUUCGUGUCCUUGACAUCCUUGAUGGAGUUGAAUCUAGCCUACAACAAACUCACUACCAUCUCAUCAGGAUGCUUCCAAAAUCUGUUCAACCUCACUUUGCUACGACUGGAUGAAAAUAAUAUUACAUACAUCACUGCUUCUGCCUUUGUUCCCCUUAUUAGUUUGGUAAUGCUGAAUUUAUCCGGUAAUAAUUUAAUCCACAUAUAUCAAGCCCAACCUGCCUUUCAGUUGCUCCACAUUCAAGAGCUUUACAUGGGGAGAAACGGAUUUAGUUAUUUCCAAUCAUCAGAGGUUUCAAACACAUCCUUAAACCUGAAAGUCUUAGAUCUGUCUCAGAAUCUCUUAGAGGUCUUCAAGAUGACGGCAGAUAUUUUCCCUCAGCUUGAAUCUCUAGAUCUGGCAUUCAGCAAAGGAAGCAUAAUAUGGGAUGUGCAGGACACCAACUACUUCAGAAAUGUUAGGACCCUUAAUUUAAGUGGGACACAUGAGAAAAUGGAACCCGUGCUGCAAACCUUCAACAGCUCAUUGACCUCACUUCGGCUCUACCAGUUCAGAGAGCAAAAAGUAAAACCAUUAAUUACAAAGGCAUGUCUGAUAAAAUCUCUAAGAACUCUACAUUUGCAGUUGAAUAGCAUGGAAUACAUAUCAGAGAAGGAACUCAAAAACUGCACUGAUCUAGAAGUGCUGGACUUGUCUGAAAACAGUCUCACUAACAUAACAAAUAUGGCAUUCGGGUCAAUGACAAAACUCAGUAGACUGAGUCUGUCCAGAAACAUAUUGGACAGUGUACCAACAGCCAUUGGCAGUGUGUCGUCUUUGAAAACCCUCGAUCUCAGUUUCAACAGCAUUGAGGUUUUAACAUGUUCAGAUUUCAACAACCUGAUACAGUUACAAACUCUUAAUAUUUACAGGAAUCCGUUGUCUUCAAUUGAAAAUUGCACAUUUCAAAACCUUAUUAAUUUGAAGACUCUAAUUAUUAGCUUCAGCAGACUUAUUUCUGUGAAACACUGCUUCAGAAUGUGUCUUCAGAAACUAGAGUUUUUGGAUUUAACACAAAACAAGUUGAACUCCAUUCAUAAAGGAGAUUUCGGAGAUUUACAAUCUCUCACUCAUUUGCUUUUAAAUGACAAUCAAAUAAGUAACAUAGAAGAUGGAGCUUUUGAUGGACUUAAUAAACUGAAGGUACUUUACCUGCAAUCAAACAAAAUCCCAACAGAUUCACUAAAGGCAUCCGUUUUCUCAGGACUUGCUAACCUAAAAUGUCUUAUGCUGAACAGCAAUUUCUUUUCAUAUUCAUAUCAGCACAAUCUCAUCGAUCCACCUUUUGCAGAUUUGGAAUCUUUGGAAACUUUAGCAAUUCACAAUCAAGGCCACAAAGGGAUGACGAACAUCCCUUCAAACUUUUUGCAAGGACUGACAUCAUUACAGGAAUUUACAGCAGGAAAUCUCAACCUAAAUUCUCUGGAUUCAAAAACAUUCUCACACACUCCAAGACUGCAAAGCCUGGACCUCAGGAGGAACGAAUUAACAACGGUCUCCCCAGAAGUAUUCGAGCCCCUCCAACAACUCAGCAGACUCUCUAUGUCCUCGGCUGAUUUGCAAUCUCUUGACUUUCUCAUGCAAGCAAACCUCACUGAAAUUCAGUACUUGCAAGUCAGCAGGAACGCACUGGCUGUCAUCAAUCAAACACUGAUUUCAUCAUUCCCCAAAUUAGUCUUUAUAGACCUGCAAGAAAAUACUUUCAGCUGUGACUGCAGCAAUUCCUGGUUUGUUGACUGGGCGCAAAAGAACAACGACACACAAGUUUUAAAUGCGGAUAAAUUAACAUGCAAUUACCCCUCAAACCUCAGGGGAAGUAAGCUUAUGGCGCUUGACUUUGAGUCAUGCACUGUGGAUCAGGGUUUUUAUUAUUUUAUUUCGACCACCAUAUUCAUUCUUCUGAUUAUGCUUAGCUCCAUCCUUCAUCAUUUCUUGAAAUGGCAAGUUGUCUAUGCCUAUUAUCGCCUACUGGCUUUUCUCUACGACAGCAAGCAGCAGAGACAGAAUGGGAAGUCCAGUGGUUUUCAGUACGAUGCUUUCAUUUCCUAUAACACUCAAGAUGAACUGUGGGUUAUGAGUGAACUGAUACCUCAGGUGGAGGGAGAGCAGGGCUGGAGGUUGUGUUUGCACCACAGAGACUUUCAACCAGGUAAACCAAUCAUGGAAAACAUUGUGGAUGGGAUCUACAGAAGUCGGAAAACAAUCUGCGUGAUCAGUCGCCACUACCUGGAGAGCGAGUGGUGUUCCAGAGAAAUCCAAGUGGCCAGUUUUCGACUCUUUGAUGAAAAGAAAGAUGUUCUCAUUCUGGUGUUCCUGGAGAAUAUUCCUGCUCAUCAGUUGUCUCCAUACUAUCGAAUGAGAAAGCUAAUAAAGAAGCGUACCUACCUCAGCUGGCCCAAACCAGGAGAGGAUACUCGUGUCUUCUGGGAGAAGCUGAGAGUUGCUUUAGAGACCAAAGGGACUUAUGAAGAGGAAAGUCUUCUACUUUCUGGGAUAAGGAGGACCUAGGAAGUUUUCUAAUAAUGUGGGGAAAAGGACUGAACCAUUUGCAGGAAUGUUCACUUACAUACCCUCAUGGCAAAAUAAAUGUGAGGGUUUCAACCCUGAAAAAAUUAUAUUAACUGUGAAGCAUGGUGGUGGUAAGAAUUGUAUGAGGGUUUUUUGGAAAUGAGAUAUUACACAAUGAGAAAAGAGGAGGGUUUUGGGGAUAGUGACCCAAAAUACACUUCAAAGAUGGUUAUGAAAUUGAUUAACAUGAAUUUUUUGGAAUUAAUUGACCAUCACAAUAUGUGAUGUGACAAUAUGUGACAAUAUGUGGACUUUGCUUAAACAUAACUGGCAGGUAUAUUUAGCAAGAUAUUUAACUGAAUUCUAACAUUUCAGGGAAAAAUGGUUAAAAAUCCACCAACAACCCGGCUGUCAAAAGCACAUGGUCAAGUUACAACCUGGUCAAAUAUUGUAUGAACUUUCUAAAC